CAGGAGCCAGGCAACAUGGCCGACCUGGGGAAGAAGUACUGCGUUAACUGCCUUGCAGAUGUUACAAAUCUGCGGCUUCGCUGCACCGACUGCCCCGAUAUCGAGCUGUGUCCGGAGUGCUUCUCGGCGGGUGCAGAGAUCGGAAACCACCGGAGAUGGCACGGCUACCAGCAGGUCGACGGCGGCCGGUUCUCUCUCUGGGGUCCCGAGGCAGAGGGAGGAUGGACCAGCAGGGAAGAGCAGUCGCUACUCGAUGCUAUCGAGCAAUAUGGCUUUGGAAACUGGGAGGACAUGGCCGCUCACGUCGGAGCAUCUCGAAGUCCUCAGGAAGUCAUGGAACACUACGUCACCAUGUACAUCCACGGAAACCUGGGUAAGGCCUGCAUCCCUGACAGCAUUCCCAACCGUGUGACCGACCACACCUGCCCAAGCGGGGGCCCCUUGUCGCCCAGUCUCACCACCCCGCUCCCCCCGCUGGACAUCAGCUUGGCAGAGCAGCAGCAGCUAGGCUACAUGCCACUGCGUGACGACUACGAGAUUGAGUAUGACCAGGAUGCCGAGAAGCUCAUUAGUGGGCUAUCGGUGAACUACGAUGACGAGGACGUGGAAAUUGAGAUGAAACGCGCCCACGUGGACAUGUACGUACGCAAGCUCCGAGAACGCCAGCGACGUAAGAACAUCGCCCGAGACUACAACCUGGUGCCUGCCUUCUUGGGCCGAGACAAGAAAGAUAAGGAGAAGGAGAAACCAGGUACGCUGGGAGUCAUAGGCACUGCGGGUGGUGUUGGUGGGGGAGGAGCUGGCGGUGCUGCAACUGGAUCCGGUUCCACAACCGCAGCAGGAUCAGGUCCUGUUCCAAGCACACCCAAAAGAAAGAUCACCAAGGAGGAGAAGGAGCAGCGGAGCCGGCUGCGUGCGCUCUGCCAGUUCAUGGCCCAUCGGGAGUUCGAAGACUUUUUCGAGAACAUGCAUAAAGAGCGUGUGCUGAGGGCAAAAGUGCGUGAGCUGCAGCGCUACCGACGCAACGGCAUCACCCGCCUGGACGAGUCUGCCGAGUACGAAGCGGCGCGUCACAAACGGGAGAAACGCAAGGAGAACAAAAGCGUGGUCACAUCCAAACGGGGCAGCGGAGGCGGGGGUGGGCUCGGCUCCGGGAUUGGGCUCGGGGGCGGAGCUGGAGGUGUGGGAGGGGUUGCUGGAGUGUUAGGUGUUGGAGGCAUUAUCAAAGAAGAGGGGAAAGAUGGUGAGUUUGCUGCCAUCGAGAACCUGACGGGCUUCGAGCUGCUGUCAGACCGAGAGAAGGUGUUGUGCAACUCUCUCAACCUCAGCCCAGCACGCUACCUGACUGUCAAGACCAUCAUCAUCAAAGAUCACCUGCAGAAACGGCAAGGCAUCCCGGCCAAGAGCCGACUGCCCAGCUAUCUGGACAAGGUCCUGAAGAAACGUAUCCUCACCUUCCUCACAGAGAGUGGCUGGAUAUCCAGAGACGCCUCCUAGCUGUCCAACUUUGGUCAGGAGGUACUGACUUGAUGAUAGCUGCUGAGGCAGA